UUUACAGUGAGCCUUGCACUCCCGUAACUUCGGGAGGAUGACCAUGGAUGUGACGUUCCUCGGGACCGGCUCGGCCUACCCGUCUCCUCACCGCGGGGCCUCGGCGCUGGUGCUGCGGACAGAAGGGGAGUGCUGGCUGUUCGACUGCGGGGAGGGAACCCAGACCCAGCUGAUGAAGAGCCAACUACGAGCUGGUCGGAUCACCAAGGUGUUCAUCUCUCACUUGCACGGGGACCACCUGUUCGGUCUGCCCGGCCUCCUCUGCACCGUGAGCCUCAACACCAACCCCGAGCAGCAGAACCUGAGUUGUGUGGAGAUCUACGGGCCGCGGGGGCUCCGCCACUUUUUACGGGUGACCCUCGGCCUCACGGGGUCCCAGCUGCUCUUCCCUUAUGCAGUCCAUGAGCUGGAGCCCACAGCUGACCAGAGUCCAGAAGAGGGACAGCUCAGCCUGCAGAUGACUGCGGAGUGCGGUCCUCUGCACCCACAGGAGCAGCCGGGCCGGACCAUCUUCCUGGAUGCCUCCAGUGACAGUUACCUCCUCUUUGAGGACAAGAGGUUCGUGGUCAAGGCCUUCAGGUUGUUUCACCGCGUCCCCUCCUUUGGCUUUUGCAUCAAGGAGCAUGAUCGUCCCGGAAGACUAAAGACUGAGCUCCUGAAGGAACUUGGCCUGAAACCGGGGCCGCUUUAUGGUCGGCUGAAAGCCGGCAAGCCAGUAACGCUGGAGAGUGGCCGCGUCGUUCUGUCCAGUGAGGUGCUGCAAGAAGCCAUUCCGGGUCGGAAAGUCUGCGUCUUCGGAGACUGCAGCUCCGUCCUCGGCGACGGACCACUGAGGCUGUGCAGUGGAGCGGACGUUCUGGUUCACGAGGCCACGCUCGGGGACGAGCACCGAGAGAAAGCGGUGGACCACGGACACAGUACACCUGAAAUGGCGGCCGCGGUGGCCCGGGCCUGCUGCGCACGGAGGCUGGUGCUGUCCCACUUCAGCCAGAGGUACAAACCCGGCUCCUUGCAGAAGGACGGGGACGAGGAUGACGUGGCGGAGCUCAAGCGGCAGGCGGAGGACGCUCUGCAGGACAGUGAUGUGGAAGUGACGUUGGCGGAGGACUUUCUUACUCUGCCCAUUCCUCUCAGACGACCGUAGCGAUGAACUACUAAUUCAUUUUUUUUUAUAUUGACAGUCUCAGUUCUGCUAAGCUUUCAACUGUCGUUAUCAGCGUGAGUGAGUUCACACACUUUGUAAUGGGACUGUAGAUGUUCAAAGUUGCUGUCUGAGCACUUUUAUGACUUUUUACUGUAAAGUUGAGUUUGGCAGCUCACUCUUGACCUCGGAAACGACCUCUGCUCAAGCUCCCCUUUGUUGUUUUCAACCGCAUCACGCAGCCUCCAUCAGCAGAUCCACUGUCGAGCUCAAGGGUCGCUCCGACAAUUAGAAGGUUUGAACAUCUAUGUCGGAUUCCAUGACGACUGACCAUUAUACUAAUUGUUAUACAACAAUGCAUUGAUUGGUAAUUAUCCAAAUGGGUCUCCAUUGGUUCCCCAACAAAAAGACCACAUUUUAAUCUAAUUUAUUUAGUAGAAAGUCUCUAAAUGAAAGUGGUAGGUUACUUGUGUUUUCUUUAGGUGUGUAGUGUUCAACACCUACUGUACUCAAGGUAUUUAAUGAUUUAACAAACAAAUCAAUGUUUAUGUACAAUUCUUACAACAAUAAAGAUUGCUUCUUGAA